GGAGCUGAGCUGCCGCUGAGCUGCCAACAGGUGGCAGGAUGGCUCAGCUAAUAAAAAACCAAAAAAAGCAAAACAGUAACUACCAUGUAUAGAGGCUUAUUGUGUCUAGCCCCUGACAUCGCUACCCAGUUCCAUCUACACGUCAACCCGCAGAGGCAGACACUAGAGUAUACAGUAGCCCCAGUCCCAGAGCGGAAACGGCCCCGGGGCGGUUAAGGGAGUCCGGGAUCGUGCAGCCCGCUCUGGGGCUGGAGUCGGGAUCCGGACGAGGCCGGCCGACCCAGAGGCCCCGCCGUCAGCACCGCGGCGCCGCCUUGCCCCGGGCCGGCCGCUUGGCCGGGAGUGCUUCCUGGGAGCCGCAGGGCGUCCAGGCAGGCGAGGGGCUGCCCGGGACCGCGCCGACGCCCGCAGCGGGGGCAGCCCGCAGUCCAGCCGCCUCCGCGCAGCCGCCCUGGGCAGGAGUCCGGGCUUCCCGCCCCGCAGCCGGCCCGGCGCGCGGACGUUCCGAGGCGCUCCGCACAACCGGAAGUAGCCGGGCCCUUGGCUGAGGGACCCGGCGGAGCGGAAGUCAACUCCGUGAGGCAGUGGCGACGACGAGAGGAUGAACAACAAGUUCGACGCAUUGAAAGAUGAUGACAGUGGGGACCAUGAUCAGAAUGAAGAAAACAGCACACAGAAAGAUGGUGAGAAGGAAAAAACGGAACGAGACAAGAGUCAGAGCAGCAGCAAGAGGAAGGCUGUUGUCCCUGGACCAGCAGAGCACCCCCUGCAGUACAACUAUACUUUCUGGUACUCCAGAAGAACCCCCGGCCGUCCCACCAGCUCACAGAGCUAUGAACAGAAUAUCAAACAGAUUGGCACCUUUGCCUCCGUGGAGCAGUUCUGGAGGUUCUACAGCCAUAUGGUACGUCCCGGGGACCUGACAGGCCACAGCGACUUCCAUCUCUUCAAAGAAGGAAUUAAACCCAUGUGGGAGGAUGAUGCAAAUAAAAAUGGUGGCAAGUGGAUUAUUCGGCUGCGGAAGGGCUUGGCAUCCCGUUGCUGGGAGAAUCUUAUCCUGGCCAUGUUGGGGGAACAGUUCAUGGUUGGGGAGGAGAUCUGUGGGGCUGUGGUCUCUGUCCGGUUUCAGGAGGACAUUAUUUCCAUAUGGAAUAAGACUGCCAGCGACCAAGCAACCACAGCCCGAAUCCGGGACACGCUUCGGCGAGUGCUUAACCUACCUCCCAACACCAUUAUGGAAUACAAAACCCACACCGACAGCAUCAAGGCCUGGGAGGAGUUUCAUGGCCUGGUGAACAGCAGCGGCCGCUGAUAGGACGCUCCCCCUCUGUCUCUCAUACUCAGGGGACAAUUCAAGCUUUCGAAAUACAAAAAUCACAUUGUGAAAGUCCACCAGCUGGCAAUAAUCCUUUUCUGUGUGUGUGUGUUUGUCCGAUGGAUGGGAGGUCUCCUGCUGGGCCUUCCAUCUGCUCACUGAAGGGACAUCCCUGAGCCGCGAGCUCCCUUUUGCACUCUUUCCUGGAGGAUGGAUUCUACUAGACACCCUCCAGCGUCGCGGACUUUAUAAAGCGGAGAAACAGCAAACGUGACUUUGUCAUAGACACACCUUUUUUUAAUGGGUUUCUGUUGGGGGAGUUCAGCCUUGCGUUUUGCUGUGCGCUGUCCAGAUGCCUCUUGGGCCUUCUGUCGUGCUGUUUGCUGUACGAAGGGCGUCAUGACCACGUGUACAAGCCAGAGCUGUCAACUGAGAAUUAUCAGUGUUAUGAAUGUCUGUGCAUCCAGGAAAAGCUUUUUGUUCGAGAGUCCCGGAAUAGCUGUAAAUGCUCUCUUCUAGCUCUGCCAUUAAAUUAUUGGGAUGUUUUGUUUAUUUCACUCCCCUCUUCCCCAAAGCCCACCACUUUCUGGAAAUGUGUUACUGGUUUUGUGUGGUCUCCUGCCUUAUGCCCUCCUGUGGGGCUCUUUCUUUCUUCGGCACUGCUGCACUUAGACUUGCAGUCCAGUGGGCCACACGGGUUUCACUGAGGCGGCUUAGAAGGUAUGACUGUAAAUGAAGCUGGAGCAGGAUCGGUUUGGUUAGGAGCGAGAUUCUAACAGAGGUUCCGAGUGUAGGACCUGGAGCGGAGGCAGUGUCGGGAGCCAUGUUUCCUGAUGAGCAGGGCCUGUGCGUCCAGCCUGUUUCUGUGGGUUCUUGCACGCCCCUCAUUGAGGAAGGGAAGCACAAGCCGGUAAUGUUGGCAGGUACUAACACCUUCAUGUGGUAAAUUCUGUGAUCCUGAAGCUGGGACGCCUGAAGACAAGGUGACUGUGACAGACGGCUUUCUUCGCAUGGCUGUACCUGUCUGCAGUGGUCGGAAACGCCUGCUUUCAGUCCUCAGCUCCUGGUGUAUAUGUUAGCAUGUGUGUGCUGACCCAGGACGCCCACAGAAACCUCUGCAGGCCACUGUAGGCAUGCUUUUAAAAUGACCAGGCGUGCCUCAGAGAAGCUGCGGAUCUGACUCGGGAGGACUGACGUCAGAGGGGCUGGAGAGCAUCGAGGAUGGAUGGAAGUACUGAGCACCAGUCCUCCAGCAGCCUCCAGGGAACACUGUCAUACUCGGCUCUUGUGAGCAGAGAUCGAAGUACCUUAAAUUAAGGUCUCUCCUAAAACCUAUCCUUGCAGGCCAGGGGGCCUUAGCCAGUUGGUCUCAGAGCAAUUGUUUGAGAGUAGCAGGCGUUUCCUUAUUGUAUUUAUAUUACUCUCCUCCUUCCAACUCCUGAACACCCUCCAAUCACCACUGUCUCUGGAUGCUUCUUCCUAAAAGAACGGAAGUACAGGGCCAAAAGGGAGGUGCUUCUAUUAGAGGUGAAGUUAGAUCGGAUAAGAUCUAGCAGCGAUUUAAACUCCAGGAAUAUGAAGAACAAACUAGUGCCCAGACCACGGUGAAGGGCUCGGGCAAACAGGUGCAGCAUCGGCUCCUGUGGGGGCAAAGGCGGCCCCCUGAGGUCUGUUUAGACCGCAGGGAGGCCCUCACUUUUGCCUACACUCUGAUUGCCAUGAAAAUUCCAAAGAGAGCAGAUGUUUGGGUCUGCCCUCCUUUGGGCAUCUCCCUGAUGUGUGUGCGUGUGGGUGCACGUGUGCAUAGUAUGUUCACGAGUGAGGGUUUUGUCACGCCCAGUGCUUAGGUGUAUUGUCCCUAUUCAUGUUUUUUACUUUUUUUUUUUUUGGUCUCAUGUAUUCAGAUUUUUUAGUCUCUUGUGUUUUCUAGAGCUGCUCGUCUUUCCCCUUCCUCUCUGUCGUUGCAGUAUUUGAAAGUUGUUUUUUUUCCCCCAUCAAAACUCUGCUGACCCUCUGCCAGUUAGACGCAGAGGUAUCGUGGUUACGCAGCAUCUAACGCCUAGAGCACUCCAGGUAUUCUGCCCGGCAGCUUUCACUGGGAGGCUGAGGGGUCUGUUCAUCCAAACCACCCAUUUUCCAGACUAGUUUGAGAGGUCUUUUCCUUUCUGACUCCAUCAACCUGUGCUUUGCUGAGAUGUGACAGUUGUGGUUAUGGUGUCACCUGUUCUGGAGACAAGGGGAAAAGGCGCCCCAAGGCCAACCUAACAAACAUGUACGUUGCUGCUGGAAGAUGCGUCGCUUUCCACUUUGCACAGGCGGGCUGUUCCCAAGGCCCCUCUGCUGUUUUCCACUGGAAACUGGCCCCUCCUCCUCUCCAGUGCUCUUCUCAUUGUAUCCUUCUGUUCACGCGUGUGUGUGUUUCCCUGUGACAUUGGCACUGGUAGUCAGUUUCCACCCAGAGAGGCUUGUGGUCCAUGAUGUGCUAAGAAUGAAUUUCCCAGUCUUCUCCGGAGGAGGAGCCGAGGCUGUGACAGGAGUGAUGCAGUGUUGCACUUUCAGAGCAAUUAUCUACUGCAGUAAUAAAUGGAAAUAUCAGCAAGAA